CCGUUCCAUGUCUAACACGAGCGAGCUUAAUGUUGAUCAAAAACAUGUUAGUGAGCGACUUGCAGAAUAACCUGGAUUUCUGGUUAACGAAAGUUUACCAAAAUUCGGUCGAUAUUUUGAUGUAGAUUCUCGUAGUUUCUCACUCAAAACAUGUGUCGGAAAAUGAUGUUUAACCUCGCGGUGAUAGUUCUAUGUGCCAAUGGGUAUCUUGGAUACACACCAUUUAGACUGACGGACUGCACCUCCAGUCCUAACAGAGUGGUCACUGUCAGCGGCAGACUGUUAGAUCAUCCGGUCCGGAUCCCGGGCCAUGUACGAGCUCCAACCACCGUGGUCAUACACAGGCCCGUAAAGUCGGGGAUUAGGUUGGACGUCACUGUUGAAAAGUUCAUUUUCAUCGACUACUUCGCUCUCCCUUGUGUAUCUCGAGUUGGAAGUUGUUCCUACGACGCUUGCGAACUGUUGGGUCGCUUUAACAAUAAGUGUCCAGGGCAACUAAGAGACAGCAGCUUCCCGUGCACGUGCCCAUUUCGAGAUGGCGAAUACAGCCUUCAAGCAUUUCCGUUUAGCGUUCCGAACGUCAGAGGACCAUGGUCGUUUCUUGCAUACGGCGACUUCCGGGUCACCGGACGUCUGGUGAACAUCACUUCUGGCGAGGAGGUCAACUGCUACAGAGUGGAGUUUACAGUGCAGAGUGCGGCCAUCAGUCCCCCGUGGUCACUGUGGGGCUGGUGACCACGCAUGACGAAUGAGGUUGAUUUGGGGUCGAUGCAUCAGGU